AACGGUAGGAGUGGAACCCGCAUUGAGUUUCUUUAAAGUGUUUAGCAUCCAAAUUAACUGGAAUAAUGCUUUUCAUUUUUGGUCUCUCUUUGGUGUGGAUGCCGCUCUGUCAAUGCAUAUCUUCGGCAGAUUUAUUAAUUGUUGGCGCUGCUGGGAAAGAUAUAACCAAUGAAAUAAUCGACCGAAUGCAAGCAAAUGGCUUACUUCCAAAUCAUAAAAUCUUUUUCCAAACCCUAGCUUCAGUACAAAGCGAUUAUGGAGUGCCUUUCAUUUCAGAAAACGGCGGUAUUUGGCGGAUUAACGAACACAUGUUGAAAAGGAUCCAGGAAGCGUGCAAGAAAGCUUUGUCUUCGACUUGCGAACUGUACAAAGAAAUAUUUCACUAUGAUAUUUCAUCCGCUACCAUCACCGAUAUGGACAAACCGUUAUAUUCUGGCUUGAUGAUAUUUCUAUAUAUCUUAUCACUGGAUGAACCUAUACCGGAGAACCGUAGAGAACAAGCAAUAUACUGGAGAAAACACGUUAAUUUAGAUGGUAAAUUGGGCGACUAUUUAACACACUCUGAUCGAAUUCUUGGUUUUGAAAAUAUUGAAACGCCAUGUUCCGGAAAUUUGGUAAAUUCAAGCGGGUUACCAUAUUGCAAAAUGCCAAAUGUUUGCAGUCGAAGUGCUAUUGAAAAAGAAGAUAUAUAUUUUCCUUACACAGAUCCCAGAAUAUUUGUGAAGUGCUUGGAUACCUAUAAAUAUUAUAUCAUGUCUUGCCCAAAAGAUUUUGUUUGGUCUCAGACUACUGAUGCAUGCAUUCCUGAAAAUGCUGGGAAUGACAAUAAGGCUUACCAAUAUUCACGCACCACUGGUGGUUCCACAGCUAUUGUCAACAGCAUGCAAUUGAUUUUACUAUCUUUUUCAAUAUACCUUAUUGAAUUGUACCUAUAAUUCAGGUUAAUUUCUUUUAUUUGUCGUUAGCUUUACAAAAUUAUGUAACUAACUUAUUCAUCUUCAUAAGUCUAUGCUCUACGGUAUUCAAAUGUAAAUGAAAAUCCAGUUAUUCAAUAAA